CCCUCCGGCCCCGCCCAGGGCCGCCAGGAGGAGCCGCGAGCAGAUCCCCAAUCCCCGCAGCCGCUAGUUACGGGGUGUCCGCGUAGCGCGGGUCCCGCCGCCGCGGCAUGUCGCAAAAGCCGAAGAGUCGGGGCCGCGCCGGCACCCAGGCCGAGCGGGGCAGCGGCGGCGAGGAGGCCCCGAGCACGUCCCGCGGGCAGGGCGGCGCCGCGUCGCAGGGCGGCCGGCGGGCCGAGGCUUCCCCCGCGCCGGGGCCGCGGUCGCAGAAGCAGCUGGAGCUGAAGGUGGCGGAGCUGGUGCAGUUCCUGCUGAUCAAGGACCAGAGGAAGAUCCCGAUCCGUCGCACCGACAUCCUGCGGCACGUGGUCGGGGACUACAAGGACGUGCUCCCGGAGCUGCUGCGGCGGGCGGCCGAGCGCCUGGAGUACGUGUUCGGGUACCGGCUGGUGGAGCUGGAGCCCCGGAGUAACACCUACAUCCUGGUCAACACGCUGGAGCCGGUGGAAGAGGACGCGGAGAUGCGCGGCGACCAGGGCACUCCCACCACCGGGCUGCUCAUGAUCGUGCUGGGGCUUAUCUUCAUGAAGGGCAACAGCAUCAAGGAGACCGAGGUCUGGGACUUCCUGCGGCGCCUCGGGGUGCACCCCACCAAGAAGCACCUCAUCUUCGGGGAUCCGAAGAAGCUCAUCACCGAGGACUUCGUGCGGCAGCGGUACUUGGAGUACCGGCGCAUCCCUCACACGGACCCCGUGGACUACGAGCUCCAGUGGGGCCCGCGCACCAGCCUGGAGACCAGCAAGAUGAAGGUGCUCAAGUUCGUGGCCAAAGUCCACAAUCAGGAUCCCAAGGACUGGCCGGCGCAGUACUGUGAGGCUUUGGCGGAGGAGGAGGCCAGGGCCAGACCCCAGACCGGGGGCGCGGCCCCAACCCCAGCCCCUUCCUCUUGAAACCUGAGACAGACUCGGAGAGACCCCGGGGAAGGGCUGGGGGUGGGAGGGAGCAUUUUGCUGUAACCCUUAAAUGUGUGUAGUAGUUUUAGGAUGUGUUUGCAAUCUUUUCUUCUUGUGAUAUUAUAAGUCACUUUGGUUCCGAAUUUUCAUUUAUAAAAAUCUUAGAGGAUGAUUUAUUUUGUUUUGGUUUGUCUUACUGUCUGUAUUUUUUUAAUUGGUAUAAAAGUCUUGCUAACUUUAUAAAGCGAAUUGAAAGUUUUCUACCAUGUUAUGGAAAUAGUCAUUUAAAGGAAAGAACACGUCAGUAAGCUGCUUUCAUGCGAAGGAAAUAAAACGAAGUGGCUCUUGUCUGGCCUCUGGACUACUCAACUCUGUAAGGAAAAAGAAAAGUCUGUAAAUUGAAAACUAAAAUGUAACUGCCUAUAUCUGUACUUAUCUUAGCAUAGCUAUUUUAAAAAUAUAUUUUCCAUGUGUAUAAGUGUUAUGAGUCAUUCUAAGCAAUGUAUGCAUUGUAUUUUUUCCAGAUAAUUUUUUGUGUGGCUGACCAUUUAGUUCCUUUUUUUCUGUUUUUUUUUUUGUUUUUGAUUUUUGGUUUUUUUGCUACUAUAGUUAUAAUAAACACUGUAUUUUUGAAGCAGGUAAGCAUUGUGCACUUAUUUUAACCGUAAGUCAUGAGAUUUCAUGACUGAAAAAUAGCAUCUUAACAAAAAAAGAAAAAUAAAUUUUACCACGUAUCAUUCAGGUAAAUAGUGUUUUGUGGAAGUUGCUCUAUUUUUAUGUGUGUGUGCAUAUUGGAUCAUGAUGUAAAAUACAUUUCUUUCUGUGUGUCACAGAGAAGUGUUAAUGAUUAACCAUACCUACUUGAGAAUCAGACUACGUGGGUUCAGAGCCUCCCUCUGCGUAACUGGCUGUAGGAAUUUAAGCAGGUUAGGUUUGUAUACAGACCUUUCCUCACCUGUAAAAUGGGUUGAUGAUGCAUGUUAUUGUGUGUGGUAGUGUGAUAAUUAGAUAGGGAAGUAUACCUAGAGAUCUUGGCACAGUCUGAGGCUGUGGGGGAUUUUAGUUGUUACUUUGUUCCUUAAAAUGUGUUUAUUCUUGGUCUGGAGCAGUUAAAAAAUUUUUUUAAGGUUUUCUUUCCUUAUUUUGUUCUAAAUCAUUCCUCAAAUUGGAAUUACUAGUUCAAAAAUAUGACUAUUCUAGUCUGACUCUGUUGUAUGGUUUUAUGGAAAAACGUAACUCAUGGUAUAUGGUGAGUAGAGCCCAUGUAAACAGUAAGAGCAGAAAGUAAGAUCUACCCCAGAUUGGAGAGGUCUCUGUAGUGUAGUGAAUAGCGUAUGGGGUUUCGAGGUUGUCUGACAGACUGAAUUCAAAUUACGGCUCAUGCUAUUGCAACAUGGUGAUUUGGCAUAGGUUUUAAGCUCUCUCAUUCUCAAUUUCUUUAUGUGUAAAUGGGAAAAACAAUAACUAUAUCAUAGUUGUAUGGAUUAAAUGAGCCUGAAGAAAAGCUGGUAUAGUGGCCUUUCAUUGUAUUUCUCCAUAGCCUCUGGCAAAAUGCUGUUUAUAUACAGAGGUUCAACAGUUAAUUAUUCAGCAGGUGAAUAAGUAUGAUUGUUGGGGGGGGGGAGGUACUGCAAAUUAAUCAUGAAAUGAGAUAAAUACUUAAAAAAAGAAAAAUGUGUAUUGAUCAACCCUGGACUAGAGUCAUCUAGAAGAAUCUGGUGGGUAUGUGGUUGUGUGGAGCAAUGGGUUAGAUGACUGGGUUUUACUUUAUUCUGUUGAACUGGAAUUUGCAUUUAUUUUAUCAGUGAAUAUAGUUGGUCCUUAAAGGCAUUUCUUCUUGGUUUGCGUUUAUUUCAGUGUAUGAAUUACCUUCUGGCUAAGCAUUCUGCUUACUCAAUGACCUCUUUCCCCUCUGGGGUGUUCUAAUGCUGGGAUUUUCAUCUGUACAGGGCGGAAAAUAUCAUUAUGCACGAUGCAGUGUCAGUUAUAUCUGAGGCACAUGUUUUCCCCACACUUUUCUUGUAGAGAUGUUAACAAUUUACCAUCAGUGGAUUACCAUUUUGUUUCAAAUUUUAAAGUAGAAAACAUUACAGACCGGAUCAAGCCCUUGUAUCUUUUCACCCUUCCCAGAGGUGUCAAGAAUUUGUCGCUAUUGUGCCAUUGUCUAGUUAAUACAAUAUAAUGUUUAAUAUAUGAAAAAUAAAUACAGUUGACCCUUGAACAACCCAGGUUUGAACAGCAUGGUCCACUUACGUGCAGAUUUUUUUCAGUAAAUAUGGAGUACAUUUACAGGCUGGGAGAUGGGUAUGCGGGGCAUUGUUAUACUGUUUUCUCUGGUUUUGCAUAUGUAUGAAAUUUUCCAUAACAAAAAUUAAAAGAAAUA